AUGAUGGGUUCCAAGACAAUUCUAUUUCUUGGCAUUCUUUUGGCUAUUUUUGCAAUGAUAAGCUCAGACACCUCAGUGAAAUUGGAUAAUAAGAAUGAUGAAUACCAUGAUGGAUAUAAUGGUAUUGGCGGAUAUUUUGGUGAUGGACAUGGCGAAUAUAAUAGUGGAUAUAAGCUUCGAGGUGGUGAAAAUAAACCUCCAUAUGACGGAUACAAUCCUCCGAGUGGCGAAUACAAUCCCCCACAUGAUAAAUAUAAACCCCCUAGUGAUGAAUACAAACCUCCAGGUGGCAAAUAUAAUCCUCCACAUGACAAAUAUAAACCUUCUAGUUAUGAAUACAAACCUCCAGGUGACAAAUAUAACCCCCCACAUGAUAAAUAUAAACCCCCUAGUGACGAAUACAAACCUCCAGGUGACAAAUAUAAAUCCCCACAUGACAAAUACAAACCCCCUAGUGACGAAUACAAACCUCCAGGUGACAAGUAUAACCCCCCACAUGACAAAUAUAAACCUCCUAGUGAUGAAUACAAACCUCCAGGUGACAAAUAUAAACCUCCUAGCGAAGAAUACAAACCUCCAGGUGACAAAUAUAAACCCCCUAGCGAAGAAUACAAACCACUAGGUGACAAAUAUAAACCCCCACAUGACAAAUACAAACCCCCUAGUGACGAAUACAAACCUCCAAGUGACAAGUAUAAACCCCCUGGUGACGAAUACAAAUCUCCAAGUGACAAAUAUAACUCCUCACAUGACAAAUACAAACCCCCUAGUGACAAAUAUAAUCCCCCACACGGUAAAUAUAAACCCCCUAGUAAUGAAUAUAAACCUUCAGGUGACAAACAUAGUCCCCCACAUGAUAAAUAUAAGCCCCCUAAUGACGAAUACAAACCUUCAAGUGGUGGAUACAAUCCUCUCAUUGGUGGCCAUGAGUAA